AUGGCAGAGACAGAGCCCAAGACCGUGCAGGGUCUCACCUCGGUGGUGCCGACACGUCUGCAACAGACACAAGAUAAAUUUCAGACCAUGUCCGACCAGAUCAUUGGAAGAAUGGAUGACAUGAGCAGUCGCAUUGAUGACCUGGAGAAAGACAUGGCAGACCUCAUGACACAGGCCGGGGGGGAAGAGCUGGACGGGAAAAACAAGAUCCCUGCCACACAGAAGAGGUGA